AUGAAUCAAUGUUGUGAUAUCGUAUAUCAAAAUUGCAAUAAAUUGGAUGUCAUACAAGGGAGUUAUGAGGGUGGUUAGACAUUGUGGGAAUGCACUUUCGAUCUCCUCUAAUACCCUAAAUAACUUGCUGGUCUUGAUGUGAUAGACAUGGGAUGUGGUUUAGGAUUGUUGGGAAUUUAGGCAUUGAAAUAAGGAGCCAAAAGUGUUUGUUUCUAAGACUAUAACGAAGACACAUUCGAGUAAGCAAUACUACCCUAAUUGAAACUGAACAAUUUGGAGGAGAACAAGAACUAUUCAUUUGUGAAUGGAGAUUGGGAAACACUAAAACUCUAGAAGGUCGACAUUAUUUUAGCGUCAGAAAUCAUAUACAGAGAAGAAUAUUAUCCUAAGGUGGAAGAUUUUAUAGCAAACCAUCUGAGACCAGAUGGAAAAUGUAUAAUGAUAAAUAAGAGCUAUUAUUUUGGAGUAGGAGGGUCAGUAGCAGGAUUUAAAAAUCAUCUUACUAAGUUAUAGGUAGUAGAAGAGGAGACAAUAAAUACAAAAAAAGGAGUAAAGAAAUCGAUUAUGAAAUUAUAGUUAAAAUGA